AUGGUCUUUCAGCGACUACUCAGUGCAGUAGCUGGAGCUUCCAGCGCUACGACGCGUGAUACUCAAGAGAGAUGUAGCUCGACCACAAGAGCUGUGCCUCGACCUCGUCGCCCUGCCAUACACAACGACGAGGAAGUGCAGGAGCCACGCAGAAAAACUGUACCCCGCACACCUCAAAAUGUAUUGAUACAUCAACUGCAAAGUGCAUUCACAGACAUUGGAGAGAAGGACAUUGCAUUGCAGCUCAGGAACCUACCGCCAUCUGCGCAGAAAACUCUCGCCGAGACUAUUCAAGCUUUUUUACCUAAGGUGAUCCAAAACGAUGGCAGCAAGGCAAAAUUGCAAAAUCUCAGUGACGCGUCGUUGCCAGAACAGAGUAGGGAUGGUCCGGAGAAUCUGAAAAGGAGUCACAUGGAAGAACAGGCCAAACUGAAGGCUGAAAUCGAUGCUUUGCACCGGACCAAUGCGAAGCUUCAAUCACAACUGGACCUGGCAAACGCGCGAGUUCAGUCUGUACUACAACGAGAGAACACGAUACUUGGCAACAUGAUCCCCACAGACGAAGGGCCAGCAGAAGGAAGUCUGAGGGAAUGUUUUGCACGUCUGCGCAAACAGAUUCAAGUUCUAGGCAACAGUCCCGUGUAUGCCUCGAGCGGAAAGUCUACUUGUCCUUAUGUGCCGAGAUCCUCCCGCGAAGCUGAGCUAUUCUUUGACUGGUCCGCUGCUGAUUACAGCAUGUUUGGGGUGUUUACUAUUGCUGCAGCUUCUGGCGGGGAACAGCGCGACUUUCAGAUUCUGGAGAGAGCGUUGGGUCGACUCGAAGAAGCCUUUGAGACUCGCAAAAUUGCCAAGCGCGAUAUCGCAAACUGGAGGACAGCGACGGUGAGAUGCGUGCAGUCCUGUCAGAAAGACGACGAUUUCAGCGAUGCAUUGGCCAGCAAAAUGUACACUUUUUUUGAGCGCUUUGUCGAAGAAGAUGUGGAAACCAUAGAGAUUUACAAGCUCAAAGAGCGCUUCUCGCAGCUUUGUCGGGACGCUGUCAGUGUCAGGCUGCAAAUGCGUGGCUCGGAAGACUACUAUCGCUGUGUGACAUUGGAAAGGGGCCUUCCUUUGUCGGGCAACGAAGACAUUGCCGACCCGUACGCCGUGUAUAACGGCGACGACAACGAAAAUGCUUCGCAAAUUUCGUUUACAGUUUUUGGAGCUUUGGUCAUGUAUCCCAAGCUUGAACCUGACAGGGAGGUCAUCCUUGAGCAAGCAAUCGUGGCAAUGGCUAGUGAAAAUGCCUGA